AGCUCUUUUUCUGCUCUUCUAUUCAAAGUCAGAGUUGGCCGUGACGCGCGGCCCAGGGGAAGACGAGCAGCAGCACACAUCUCCGCAAAAUGCAGCGAGAAGCGUCCAGCGAUCUGGCGUGCGGCUCGUUCUGAGAGACACUCUUAUUGUUUUCCUGUGUUUUUCUAUUCGCCCGCUUUGUUGUUGUCGCUGUGCCUCACGGGUUUGGAAAACGCGGUGCAAAAGGCGGUGGAGACCUUACCGGAUCACGCGAUGUGGGGAUGGACGGCGCGCUCUACUUUGACUCGCCCUCUCCAAGCGGACGAUGAGGUCCCCCCUCCGAGUGAAACUUUGUCGGAUCGUAAGUGGGAAUCGGUAAGCAGCGCGCAGUCCCCGCAACAUGGCCUCGGCUGCUAGUGCGCCCCCCGAGCCGGGGACAGGAGAACCCGGCCGGCCGAGGCUAACGCGGAGGACCCGGAGGGACUCGAGCCGCGAGCCGCCACCGCAGCCGUCUGCGCCGCCGGAUUUGGACUACCUGCAGCGGCCGAGCUACUGCGACGCGGGCUUCGCUUUGGAGCAGAUCUCCCAGGGCAAGGCGACUGGAAGGAAAGCACCGCUAUGGCUGAGAGCAAAGUUCCAGAGACUUUUAUUCAGGCUGGGCUGCUACAUACAAAAGAACUGUGGAAAGUUUUUGGUGGUGGGCCUUAUGAUUUUCGGAGCCUUCGCGGUGGGCUUACGUGCGGCUAAUUUGGAGACGGACGUGGAGAAGCUUUGGGUGGAAGUGGGCGGGCGUGUGAACCAGGAACUGAAGUACACGCGACAAAAGAUCGGCGAAGAGGCCAUGUUCAACCCUCAGCUCAUGAUCCAGACACCACGGCAGGAAGGAGCCAGCGUGCUGACUGUGGACGCGCUCCAACAGCACCUGGAGUCAGCCAUGCGAGCCAGCAGAGUUCACGUUUACCUUUAUAACCGACAAUGGAAAUUGGAACAUUUAUGCUACAAAUCAGGAGAACUAGUCACGGAAACACAUUAUAUGGAUCAGAUCAUAGAAAAGCUUCAUCCCUGUCUCAUCAUCACACCUCUGGACUGUUUCUGGGAGGGAGCCAAGCUCCAGUCCGGGAUGGUCUACCUACCAGGUAAAGACCCAUUGCAGUGGACCAAUUUUGACCCAAAGGACUUCCUGGAGGACUUGCGCCGGGCACACUUCCCUGUGGACAGUUUUGAGGACAUGUUGGAAAAGGCAGACGUCGGCCACGGCUAUAUGGACCGACCCUGCCUGAACCCUUCCGACCCCGACUGCCCCCUCACCGCCCCCAACAAGAACUCCACCAAGCCAUUAGAUGUGGCAUGGACCCUGAGCGGUGGCUGCUACGGCCUGUCCAGGAAAUACAUGCACUGGCAGGAGGAGCUGAUUGUAGGCGGGACCACCAAGAACGGCAGCGGACCCCUGCUCAGCGCUCAGGCUUUGCAGACCAUGUUCCAGCUGAUGACUCCCAAGCAGAUGUUUGAGCACUUCAGGGGCUACGAGGAGGUUUCCCACAUCAACUGGAAUGAGGAAAAGGCCGCGGCCAUACUGGAGGCCUGGCAGAGGAGAUAUUCCGAGGCUGUGUUGCAGAGCGUGGCAGCCAACUCAUCCCAGAAGGUCUUGUCUUUCACCACCACCACCCUGGAGGACAUUCUCAAGUCUUUCUCGGACAUAAGCGUCAUCCGCGUGGCCAGCGGCUACUUGCUGAUGCUGGCCUACGCGUGUCUGACCAUGCUGCGGUGGGACUGCGCCAAAUCUCAGGGGGCCGUUGGGUUGGCGGGCGUCCUACUGGUGACGCUGUCAGUGGCGGCGGGACUUGGCCUCUGCUCUCUACUGGGCAUUACCUUCAAUGCUGCCACCACACAGGUGCUACCGUUUCUGGCUUUGGGUGUCGGCGUGGAUGACAUCUUCCUCCUCGCUCACGCCUUCAGUGAGACGGGACAGAACAAGAGGAUCCCAUUUGAGGACCGCACUGGCGAAUGUCUAAAGAGGACCGGAGCCAGCGUGGCGCUAACUUCCAUCAGCAACGUCACCGCCUUCUUUAUGGCCGCCCUCAUUCCCAUCCCCGCGCUACGGGCGUUCUCAUUACAGGCUGCAGUGGUGGUGGUGUUUAACUUUGCGAUGGUCCUGCUCAUCUUCCCCGCCAUCCUCAGCAUGGACCUGUACCGACGAGAAGACAGACGCUUUGACAUUUUCUGCUGCUUCUACAGCCCAUGUGCGAACCGCGUGAUCCAGAUGGAGCCUCAGGUGUACCUGGAUGGAUCAGACGGGAGUCGCUACGGCUCUCCGCCAUCCUACCGCACGGGGCUCCCCUCGUACCACACGCCUCCGCCAAGCUACAGCCCGCCGCCCUCCUACAGCAGCCACAGCUUUGCCCAGCAGACACAGAUCACCAUGCAGUCCACGGUGCAGCUCCGGACCGAGUACGACCCGCGCACGCAGGCUUUCUACACCACGGCCGAACCCCGGUCUCAGAUCUCCGUGCAACCCAUCAACCCGCCCCCAGGCCGGAGCAACCCUCACAACGACUAUUACACCAAUAACAAUAACAACAGCGGGAGGCGGAGUCACCGGACAGCUCGAUAUCGUCACUCCGGGGCUCCGGCUACUACUUCAGGCUCAGGCCCUCAGCAGGAUUCUGCCGAGGGAAGCAGCCAGGGCCCGGAGAAUAACAACUCCACACGGGACUUGCUCUCCCAGUUUGGGGAGGCCUCGCUCGGCGUGAGGUGCAUGGAGCCUCCCUGCACCCGUUGGACACUGGCUUCUUUCGCCGAGAAGCACUACGCUCCGUUUCUGCUGCAGUCCACCACCAAGGUGGUGGUGAUCAUGCUCUUCCUGGCCUUGCUGGGGGUCAGCCUGUACGGCACCACCCAGGUGCGGGACGGCCUGGAGCUGACCGACAUUGUGCCGCGGGAGACCAGCGAGUAUGACUUCAUCGGCGCCCAGUUCAAAUUCUUCUCCUUCUACAACAUGUACGUGGUGACGCAGCGGGCCGACUAUGCUCACAAACAGCCGCUGCUGCACGAGCUGCACCGCAGGUUCCGCAGCGUCCGCUACGUGCUGAAGGAGGACAAUGGACAGCUGCCCCCCAUGUGGCUUCACUACUUCAGGGACUGGCUGCAAGGUCUGCAACAGGCAUUCGACAAGGACUGGGAGACCGGCUGCAUCACUCUGAACAGCUACAAGAACGGCUCUGACGACGGCAUCUUGGCGUACAAGCUUCUAGUGCAGACGGGACGCAGAGACAAGCCCAUCAACUUCAACCUGCUGACACGUCACAGGCUUGUGGAUGCCGACGGCAUCAUCAACCCCGGAGCCUUCUACAUCUACCUGACAGCCUGGGUCAGCAACGACCCGGUGGCCUAUGCUGCAUCGCAGGCCAAUAUUCGCCCGCACCCUCCCGAGUGGCUCCACGACCGCACUGACUCCAUGCCUGAGACGCGCCUCAGCAUCCCGGCGGCCGAGCCUAUCGAAUACGCACAGUUCCCCUUCUACCUCAACGGGCUCCGGGAGACACCGCAGUUUGUGGAGGCCAUUGAGAGCGUGCGGGCCAUUUGUGGCAACUACAGCCGCCAAGGCCUGCCCUCCUACCCCAACGGCUACCCCUUCCUCUUCUGGGAGCAGUACGUCAGUCUUCGCCACUGGCUCCUCCUCUCCAUCAGUGUGGUGCUCGCCUGCACCUUCCUGGUUUGCGCCCUCUUCCUGCUCAACCCGUGGACUGCCGGCAUCAUUGUGUUGGUGCUGUCUCUCAUGACAGUGGAGCUGUUUGGGUUCAUGGGGCUGAUGGGAAUCAAGCUGAGCGCCGUUCCCGUGGUCAUCCUCAUCGCCUCGGUGGGCAUCGGGGUGGAGUUUACUGUCCACGUGGCCUUGGCCUUCUUGACGGCCAUAGGGGACCGUCACAAGCGGGCAGUGCUGGCGCUGGAGCACAUGUUUGCGCCGGUGCUCGACGGCGCCUUCUCAACGUUGCUGGGCGUUCUGAUGCUCGCGGGCUCCGAGUUCGAUUUCAUCGUCAGGUAUUUCUUUGCAGUAUUGGCCAUCCUAACGGUUCUGGGAGUUCUGAAUGGACUGGUCCUUCUUCCUGUCUUACUGUCCUACUUUGGGCCCUAUCCUGAGGUGAUUCCAGUGGAUGGUCGCAGCAGGUUACCCACCCCGGAGUCGCCAUCCCACGUGGUCCGCUUCUCUGUCCGUCCCCGCCCCACCGCCUCUGCCUCGGCCACCUCAGGCGCAGCCUCAGAUUCGUCGGACUCUGAGUACAGCUCCAACAGCAGUGCGUCGGGCAUCAACCAGGAACUGCCGGGCGACAACCUGUCCCCGCAUAGGGGACAGGCCGGACAGCAGGAGCAGCAGCAGUACCAUCUCCCCACCAGCAGUGGCAGAAUAGCCAGGACGGAAGAGGAAAGGAGGAUGGCGUCGGGCCACAGGCGCCCAACCAGGCACCCCGAUCCCGCAGCCUAUAAUGUGUCCUCGUCUCAGGGUUGUAAUGCUGGACCCGGGCCCAGCGUUCCUCAGCGUGCCAGGGAGCCCAAGGGCCAACAGCACCGGCAGGCCCCGCCCCCAGGCCGCCCGCGCACGGACGCUUUCGAAACCUCCACCGAGGCCGGUGCCCACUUUGGCGCCCACGGCCACAGGGAACACUUUGCGGGCCACCGGGGGCGUGCCCCUCCGCACCACCCCAACACUUACGGCCAGCCCAUCACGACAGUGACGGCGUCGGCCUCCGUCACCGUCGCCGUCCACCCCCCUGGCUCCUCUUACCCGGGAUACGCUGCAACAGACACUUACCGGCAGGAGGAGGCCCAAUCCUCCUUCCAGGACCCCCACGUGCCUGCAGACCUCCACACGGGCGCCAGAGGAAGCACGGUGGAGCCAAUGGAGCUCCAGGAUCUGGAGUUUGAGGCAGCUGAUGGCAGUAGUGGCAGUCGGGCCAGCUGAGUGUGUUUAUGCCUGUCACGGCCAAAGAUGGACUUUAAGCAGAUAACAUGGCCCAGCCUGCCUCGCCCGUGGUCCUUUUGCCUUCUCCUCAUGGUGCUCAUUCUUACUGUAACCCGGUGGUCUGUUGUCUUAAAAUAUUUCUAUCUAUAUUU